UGAUAAAGGAAUAGAAGGAGAUAAAGUUUGUUGUAUUGAUAUUGAGGAUGUAAGAGAUAAUGAGUUUGGUCUUCAAGAGCAUAUUUUAUUAGUUAAAAAACUUGCUCUUUUUUAUAUUUAUACUUGCAAACUCUAA